AUGGGAAAAUCCGACAACUAUUACGCGGUUGCUCGUGGCCGGACGGUUGGGAUUUUCCGAAGUUGGAAUGAGUGCAAAGCGCAAGUCGACGGGUUUCAGAUGGCGAGAUACAAAAAAUUCGGCACCGAAUCCGAAGCGCUUCAAUUUAUCGCCGAUAAUCGAUGCGUCGCCACUUCUCAGCCGGCAGCGAUCACAAAAUCACAAGAGCAAAGACCUUCUAGAAAACGGGCGUUAGCUGAUGUCAAGCCAUUAGUUGUCCCAUUAGUGAAAAAAGCGAAAAUCGAUCUGAACGAAUUGGCCAUUUGGAAUGGUGCGCCGGUGGUUUAUACGGAUGGCGCGUGCUCGAAUAACGGAAAGGUUGGAGCGAAAGCUGGAUGGGGAGUCUACUGGGGAGACGGCCAUGAUGACAAUGAAUUUGGUCCGGUUUAUGGCGAGCCAACAAAUAAUCGGGGAGAGCUCAUCGCGGUGGAAAAAGCUCUGGAAAAAGCGAUUGAAAAGAAAAUACCGAAAAUAAUUGUGAGAACCGACUCGAAUUUAUUGAUUCAAUCGCUUGAUAAAUGGAUUAUUGGAUGGAAACGAAAAGGCUGGAAAACGUCGGGAAAUGAGCCGGUCAAAAAUCGGGACCUUCUCGAGAAAAUUGAUCAAAUGAAGAGCAGAAUUAAGGUGAAAUUUGAACAUGUUCGUGGGCAUUCUGGAGUUCAUGGAAAUGAAAUGGCUGAUGAAUUGGCUCGCCGCGGAGCGAAAAUGUACAAAAAUUGA